UUACUAAUUCAAAAUCGUUACUCAUGAAGUAUCACCAUCGCAAUCAUCAGUUGACUGAUUCAGACAUUUGCACUUCGACAACAUUUUUUGUUUUUGGUUUUGCCAGCGACACUAGUACACUAGCGUCUUUUAGUCGCAACAACUCGGCACUGUUUGGACCGGGAAUAUAAGCUGUGCAUGCCUAUUACGUUAGAUAUUUGCAGAACAUCGUAUAAUAAUAUUAGCCGGUUUAAGUUGUCUGACUGUCUGCUGCUUGACGAUAAUAUUGCAUCGUAAUACUGCAGGAUAAACAUGGGUCGUGGGUUCGGACCGCAAAGAAAUCACGAAGACGAACAGACUGCCUUGCAGUGGGUCUUUAGUAUCCUAGGCGAACCAGUUCCGCAAGGGAAUUUUGAUGAUAUUCUGCGAGAUGGAAAUGUUUUGUGCCGCUUCAUGCAAAGGAUUCGGCCGGACCUGAUGACGAAGUACAAACCAAGCGAUCAGCCGGCUAAACAACGAGAAAAUAUUGGACUGUUUACGGAAGCGUGCGUCCAGAUUGGUGUUCCUGGAACAGAUCUGUUUCAGACAAUCGAUCUUCAAGAGCGCAAAGACCCAUCGGCUGUGGCUCAUUGCUUAGCACGUCUUGGAGGAGUGCUCCAGAGAGUGCGCCCAGAUCUACCACCACACGGACCGCGACUGGCAACACAAACGCAUGCGUUCUGAAACUUGAAGCUGUUCUAAGAAACCUUGUAAAUUGUCAACGUUCUAAACUCAGUAUAGUAUGUAACCGUAACGUUUUUCAAAAAGUCGGAACAUAUCCAUGAAAACGGGAGUAAGUAUUUCUUAAUUAGUAAGCUUUCAUUAAUAUGGAAUAUCACAAUUAGUCUAAGCUCACAAGCACAUUUUAUUUCUCUGUUAACCUAAAACUGUCGCAAAUUGCCUGAUUAAAAAUCAUCGUCCCAGC